UCGUAGUAAGCAACCGGGCAAUCAUCGAUCAGUAUCGAGUUGGAGUCGGGCGCGAUAGUGCCGUAUUUCGUUUCUGGUAUCGGUGUGUUUGUUUCACGUGUAUUGUUUUGUGUGGCGGGCGCGUAAAUCGUGAGUAGUCGCGAAAACUAUCACCGAAAACGAUAGUUUGAUUUUUUGUCUCGGUUACAUCUUUUCUGUAGUGUAAGAUUUGUUUACAUCAAAACCAACGAAACCUAUUUUCCUAGUAGAUUUGAAAUUGUGAAACGAAUAAAUUGCGCGCGCUGUGUUACUCACUUCGUGGGAAUGAGUUACUACUACUGAAUGUGAGAGAACGACGUCCUAAUAUAUAGUGCCAAAAACUGUUGCCGUUAUGACAGUCAAACUACAAGCGAUGGGGCCACCCUCGAUUCGGCCACCGUCGCACAUUUCCAGCAACUCCCAACAGAGGAACUCAAUGAUGUCCUCCACCGCUUCACUGGAAGCGACCAGCGAGAGUAAACGACGCUCCAUACUCAUUCUCUCGCUGCUCGCUGCUUGUCUCUUUCUCUUUGUGCUGUGUCUCUGUUUGCUAACGGCUCUGGUGAUGGUCGGUAAAAAUCUGUCGGCACAGCACUCGCCACCGCUGCUUUCGGCGUAUCUUAAUCAGCUGUCAGCUGGCCGGCGACUGACAGAAACGAGUGCCAAAUCUGGCAAAAGCAUCGAUCACUUUAAUCGACCGGCAUUGUUCGACGAUAAGGGACCGUCUGAUAGAGCUAACGACGAGAGCAACCUAACUGCCAUUUUACUGCCCAAUUCGGUUUACUUUGGAGCAUCUGGUGGAAUGAAUAACGUGUUGAAAAUGGGCUCGAAAGUGAUUGAAAAACUAAGUUUUCGUUUGCCGCGUCAUGUGAAACCGCGCCACUACGAACUGUUGUUGCAGCCGGAUUUGGAACAGCAGAAGUUUUCCGGUCAAGUCGGAAUCGAUAUCACCGUCAGUGAGCCAACGAAUUACAUUGUGCUGCACAGUAAUCAGUUGACGAUUGGCGAUACACUGUUGAGUAAGGUGCUACCGGACCGAUCGUCGCAGUCGGUGAUGGUACGGCAGACUUACGCCUAUGAACCGCACCAGUACUGGGUGAUCGAAACAGACAACAUCGGGGUGGGUGAGUAUCGGCUCAGUAUGCAGUUUAGCGGAAGUUUGGCGAAUAAAAUCGUUGGCUUCUAUAGCAGCACCUACCGGGACAAGAGCAGUAAUGUUACCAGAAAAAUCGCCACCAGCAAGUUUGAACCGACCUUCGCCCGCCAAGCAUUUCCCUGCUUCGAUGAACCGCAGCUGAAAGCGACCUACGCCAUUAGCUUGGUGCAUCCGAAUACCGACAAAUACAUGGCGCUGUCCAACAUGGAUGUCAAUAAAGUCCUCGAAGACACCCCAUCCACAGGGUUCAGCACUACCGUGUUCAACCGGAGCGUUCCGAUGAGUACUUAUCUGGUGGCGUUCAUUGUCAGUGACUUCCGGUACAAGGAAAACCUCAUUACGCCAACGAUUGGAGAUCCAUUCGAGCUCCGAGUUUACGCCACACCGAUUCAGAUGAACAACAUAGAUUUUGCCCUGGACACAGCUACCGCGAUUAUUAAGCACUACAUCGAAUACUUCAAUAUUGAGUAUCCCCUGCCGAAGCUAGAUAUGGCAGCAAUUCCGGACUUUGUGUCGGGUGCCAUGGAAACCUGGGGGCUGGUGACUUAUCGGGAAACAAGCAUUCUGUUCAACCCAGUAACGAGCUCGACGGCAAAUAAACAGCGAGUGGCGGAGGUUAUUGCUCACGAGUUGGCGCACAUGUGGUUCGGAAAUUUGGUAACGAUGAAGUGGUGGAACGAGUUGUGGUUAAACGAAGGAUUUGCCAGCUACAUCGAGUACAAGGGAGUGCACAGUGCCUAUCCCGCCUGGGGGAUUAUGGAACAGUUUGCAAUCGAUAAUUUGCACGGUGUGCUAACGCUAGAUGCUACGCUCGGAUCACAUCCGAUCGUGGUGAAGGUCGAAACACCGAAUCAAAUAACGGAGAUAUUCGAUACGAUCACCUACUCCAAGGGGGCCUCGGUAAUUCGUAUGUUGGAAGACUUUGUUUCCGAACCCAUUUUCAAGAAAGGUGUAACAGCAUAUCUGAAAAAGCUCGAGUACGGUAACGGCGUAUCGAAUGAUUUAAUGGAAGAACUAGAUGCACUGUAUGAAGAUUCCACCGAAAAGACGGGAGCUACAGUUUCCACGGUGAUGGAUACAUUCACGAAGCAGAAAGGUUUUCCGGUCGUCACCGUGGUACAGACUGGCACUCAGUUCCGCCUGACGCAGUCGCGCUUCCUUGCCGAUUUGGAGGCGAAUGAAACCGAGAUCUCAGAGUUUGGUUACAAAUGGUACAUCCCUAUAACCUACAUCACUUCUGGCAAUCCAGAGCAGGUUAACCGUAAAUGGUUCCCCAACACGGUGGACCAUGUAGAUAUCGUUGAUGUCCCAGAGGGAACGAGUUGGAUAAAGCUGAAUCAUAAUCAGGUUGGCUACUACAGGGUAAACUACGCGGAUAGUGUCUGGAAUCAGUUUAGCAAAGCAUUGGUGGAUGAUGUAAACGCCUUCACCAUUGGAGAUCGCACCGGGUUGUUGAAUGAUGCGUUCGCUCUGGCUGACGCUUCCCUGCUACGGUACGAUGUAGCACUCGGGUUGACCAAAUUCCUAACUGACGAGCUUGAGUACGUUCCUUGGGCAACCGUUUCAAGCAAGAUGAAGAAUGUUCGGAAUUUGAUUUACGAUUUCGAUUCAUACAACGACAUACUGGCCUAUGUCCGUAAACUAGUUGAUAAAGCAUAUCGCACCGUUGGAUGGACUGUCGAAGGGGAAGAUCUUAUGAAGAAUCGUCUUCGAACUACUAUUUUGGAUCUCGCCUGUUCAUUCGGUCACGAAAAAUGUCUUACCGAAGCGUCGGAUCGAUUCCAAAAAUGGUUGAAUGCCGGCGAUGAAAUUCAUCCGGACGUGCGCUCUGUAGUAUACUACUACGGCGUACAGAAAGGCACCGCCGAGGACUGGCAAAAGGUGAAGACACGAUUCAGCGCGGAAACCGAUGCCAACGAGAAAACCAAACUGAUGAGUGCUUUGGCGGCAUUCCCCGAUGCUAGGGUUCUGGCUGACUUUCUCGAGGAAGCUUGGAACACGAACCUGGUUCGACAACAAGAUCAUCUUAGUUGCAUUCAGAGUGUUGCAGCCAACAAAGUUGGAGAAUCGGUAGCCUGGGAUCACGUCCGACAGAACUGGGACCGGUUGGUCGAACGAUUCACUCUUGGCGAGAGGAAUCUAGGUCGAAUGAUUCCUUCGAUUACGGGACGAUUCACGUCCAUGGUGAGACUGAUGGAAUUGGAAGACUUCUUCAGGCGUAAUCCGGAAUCCGGAGCUGGAGCGGCAGCUCGUGUACAGGCACUGGAAAAUGUUUCCAACAAUAUUAAGUGGCUCCAGAGGAACCAACAAAUCAUAGCUGACUGGUUGAAAACAGAAUCAGCAACAUCGCAACGAUGAUACGUAAAACAAAUUGGUUAUAUGUUGAACUGAUAAUUAAAUGUGAUAAGUUUAAACGUAAA